UCUAAAAAGUGUUUUCGUUUGUUUUUUUUCAUCUCAUUUAUAAUGUUCAUGUGUGUCACUCUUUUAGACACCAUCUAAUGUUUUCCCUUUAGAGUUUUCGAGUCUCGCUAAGAUGGAGUAGAACGCCAUGUUUUAUACCCGUGGCGUGCAGUGGCACUGACGGGUCAUUUCGCUCCGACAUUUCAUCUCUCGUGAGUAUCUAAACAUGUGUCGAUGUGAAUUAUAAAGUGGCAAACUGAAACUUAAUAUUGUUUUCUCUCACUGUAGAAUUCUAUUCAGUUUCUUUUUAAAUUUAACAAUAUCUAAAUGAAUGCUGGAACCUUGUCAUCUUCACUAAGCCGAUCAUCUGACUUCAAAGACCUCAACACAGCAAAACUUUGUAAAAAUGUGUAAAAUAAAAACAAAAAUAUUUGAUCUCAUUAUAAUCUCUCAAUAUUUUAUAUGAUUAGAAGAUGUCGUCGUGUUUAACGCGCCUAAAGUUUGAUAUUUUAUGGUUACUGCUACAGUUCAAAAGCUCACUAUUAUGAAUAAGUAUCCUCAAUGUCACAAUAACUUCAAACCUUUUUUAGAAAAAUACAUCAAAGUAUCAUAUAUCACCAAAACGGCUUAGUCAAUACUCGACCGAUAAUCAGCUUUACUCAAAAUUCUAUCAUAUAAUCAAAGUUCAUAGUCAUGACAGACUUUAAAACCAAAUAUCCUGUUAACUUGUGGAAAGAUCACGGGAUCUACACCGAUGAUUACAUUAAAUUAAUCAACAGCCAUUGGUUAAAAUUUAUGCCUCCUCAUCCAACGUCACAUUAUGUUCUCGGAGUUCUAUACACAAUCAUUAUGAUGUUUGGCUGCACCGGAAACUCUCUGGUGAUUUUCAUGUACUUUAAAUGUAAAUCUUUACAAACGCCGGCAAACAUGCUAAUAAUUAAUUUAGCCAUUAGCGAUUUUAUUAUGUUAGCGAAAGCCUCGAUUUUUAUCUACAACAGUUAUUAUCUGGGCCCUGCGCUAGGAAAAUUGGGAUGUCAGAUAUGCGGAUUUCUCGGUGGCUUGACCGGAACCGUGUCCAUCAUGACGUUGGCAGCUAUAUCUUUGGAUCGUUAUUACGUUAUAGUGCGUCCUCUGAAAGCAGCUGUAAAAACCACUAAACAAAGAGCGAAGAUAUGGAUAGGAAUAAUAUGGAUUUGUGGAUUUUCGUUCUCUAUCGUACCAGUGCUGGAUCUGGGGUACAGUCGAUAUGUGUCGGAAGGAUACCUGACGAGUUGCAGCUUCGACUAUCUGUCAAAUGACGACAGAGACAAACAUUUUAUCCUAGUAUUCUUUAUAGCAGCGUGGUGCAUACCGUUCACAUUAAUACUGUAUUGUUACAUAAGGAUACUAAUGGCGGUGUGGAUGACCACCGAAAUAGUCACCAGCAGGGUUGGCCAACAAGAGGAGAAGAGAAAAACGGAUAUACGAUUGGGAUACAUGGUGAUCGGGGCCCUUAUGUUAUGGUUCGUGUCAUGGACGCCAUACGCCGUGGUGGCCCUGUUAGGUGUAUUCGACCUAAAGGAAUACAUUUCACCGCUGGGUUCCAUGAUUCCGGCACUGUUUUGCAAGGCGGCUAGUUGUACGGAUCCGUGGUUUUACGCCAUUACGCACCCAAGAUUCAAAAAGGAACUUAUGAAGCUAUUGAAAAAAAGCAAUACCAGAAAGUUAUUCCGAAAUUAUGGCAUAAAAAAGGGAUGGGUCGGGUCGCAUUUGAACGAAAACGGUAAUAUUGCCUUCGAAAACCAUUUUAAAACCGAAUACAAGGAAGUAAAAAAAACGAUAUUUGUGCUCGAAUCUUAUGACAACAACGUGCAAUGUCGGGAGUCCAAUUUCGGUUAAAAGACUGAAUCAAUCAAUGAGUAGGUGACCAAGUUCCCUGGAAGUACCAACCAAGAGAGUUGCAAAUACAUGCUUUCAAGCUGAUACAAAUAUACAAGAAAAAUUAAUUAAUUUUAUUUUAUUAAUCGAGGAACUUAAUAUUAAAAAUUCUACUAGCAAGUAUAGGCAGAAAAAGCAAAAACAAUAAUAGCUAAGUAAAAAGUCCAAAACCAAAGCAAAAUAAAUAUUUUCAUAUAAAAAUACACACCAUAAUUAUUUACAUACAAUAACGAAAGAUACUACCUAACUAAUAGUCGCAUAAUUAUUAAUUUUCAUAUUUUAAUCAUGUUUUAAAAAUUAAAUAUUAGAAUCUUAAGUUAUAAUAAAUAUUACUUUAUUAGGUAGAUGCAUGUACCUAU